AUGUGCUGCAACUGCUACGGCAGCUCCUACGGGGGCUGUGGCUACGGCUCUGGCUACGGCUGUGGCUAUGGCUGUGGAUAUGGCUCUGGCUAUGGCUGUGGAUAUGGAUCCAGAUACGGUUGUGGAUAUGGCUGUGGAUAUGGCUCUGGCUAUGGCUCUGGCUAUGGCUGUGGGUGUGGAUAUGGAUCCAGAUAUGGCUGUGGUUAUGGUUCUGGCUAUGGCUCUGGCUAUGGCUGUGGCUAUGGCUGUGGUUAUGGCUCUGGCUACGGCUCUGGCUGCUGCUACCGACGAUGCUACUCUUGCUGCUAG